GUUGGCGCUGCCUCGAUGUUCCAGCUGCCCAUCUUGAAUUUCAGUCCCCAGCAAGUGGCCGGGGUAUGCGAGACUCUGGAGGAGAGCGGCGACGUAGAGCGCCUGGGUCGCUUCCUCUGGUCGCUGCCCGUGGCCCCUGCGGCCUGCGAGGCCCUCAACAAGAAUGAAUCGGUGCUGCGCGCGCGAGCCAUCGUGGCCUUUCACGGUGGCAACUACCGCGAGCUCUACCAUAUCCUGGAAAACCACAAGUUCACUAAGGAGUCGCACGCCAAGCUGCAGGCGCUGUGGCUCGAAGCGCAUUACCAGGAGGCUGAGAAGCUGCGUGGACGGCCCCUGGGGCCGGUGGACAAGUACCGUGUAAGGAAGAAGUUCCCGCUGCCGCGCACCAUUUGGGACGGCGAACAGAAGACACACUGUUUCAAGGAGCGCACGCGGCAUCUGCUACGGGAAUGGUACCUGCAGGACCCAUACCCCAACCCCAGCAAAAAGCGUGAGCUCGCCCAGGCAACCGGACUGACCCCUACGCAGGUGGGCAACUGGUUCAAAAACCGCCGACAAAGGGACAGGGCGGCUGCUGCCAAGAACAGACUCCAGCAGCAGGUCAUGUCGCAGGGCUCCGGACGGGCUCUAAGGGCUGAGGAAGAGGGCACGCCCGAGGUGCUGGGCGCCGCCGCCAGCCCGGCCGCCAGCCUAUCCAGCAAGGCAGCCACUUCGGCCAUCUCCAUCACGUCCAGCGACAGCGAGUGCGACAUCUGAACUGCUCAUCCAGCACGCUCAGAAACAGAAUCCAGUGUAAAAACAAGACAAAAUGAAAUAGGAUCAGAGACCAAGCAAACCCACUGCUUGCGAAACCGGGUGGCCAGGGACCCGCGGGCUCCGGUUGCCCAUUUCUGCCCCGCGGCCGGCCUGGCUCCACUGGCGCCCUAGGGCCGCUAUCACAGGGGUCCGCGGUGAGGCCCAACCCAGCGCUACGUUCUCCUUGCUUUGCUUUUUUCCAAGAAUUUUGCUGC